CUCAGUUGCUCCAGCUCUCGGGAUCUCAGGGUGCAGAUCACAUUCUCCCAGACUCCUGAGCCCUGGGUCCAGCCAUGGGCACCUCCAGCAUCUUCCUGUGCAUCCUGUUCCUCUGUGGGGCACUGGGUCUCACCACACCCCCACCCCCUGCCCGGGGUCGGCUCCGCUGUUACACCUGCAGCUUUGCCAAACCCUGCUACCCUGUUCCCACCGAGUGUCAGGACGAUGAAGCUUGUGGCAUCAGCAUUGGCACCUCAGAGCAGAAUGAGAUCAUCGAGCGGAAAGGCUGCCUCCCACGGGCCCAGUGCCCUCUGCAGGGCCGUGCCACCUACUGGUCGCGCUCCUACGCUCUGCGGCACCACUGCUGUGAGCAGGACCUGUGCAACACGGCCACCACGCUGCGGCCGCUCCCCAGUCCCCUCCUCGCCGCCCUUCUCCUCCUAGUGGCCAGCUUCACCUGGGGAGGCCCUCUCCUCCGUUGGCUUCACGGUGAUCUGCAACCUUCAACCCAGGACUCUGCCCCCAUCACCACCGCCCUCGAGACACCUGCAUCUAAGAUAUGCCCAAGAACCUAA